AUGGGCGCCGUCUGGUCCGCCCUGCUGGUCGGCGGGGGUCUGGCCGGGGCCCUUUUCGUUUGGCUGCUGCGGGAUAAGGGAAAGGACCAGGGUGCGGAGCCAGAUCAGGACGCCCGGCUCGGGGAGGCUGUGGCUGCGGGAGGCGAUCGAGCUGGCGGUGGAUUGAACCCUGGACCUUCCAAGCGGGAGCUGGUCACUAAACCAGAACAUCGCCAAGGAAACAAUGCAUCUUUGCUUUCAGCCACUAAAGGGACUGGUAGCCUGCAAGAAGCAAGGUGGAGACUACAGAGUCCUGGAAAAGAUGGUAACUAUGAUGAUUCAAGAGAGAAUGUUUCUUCGGGAUGGUUUCCAGAUACAGAGUGUCUAGCUGCCUCUGAGGCUAGGAACUCUCGGUGUUACUCUGAAGUUUCAAGAAAUCGAAGCCUUGAAUCUUCUAUAGGAGAAUGGGGAUUCCAAAAAGGACAAGAGACACCUGGUAAAGCAGCUCCAGGCUUUGCUGAGAAGUUGCCUUCUAGCAACCUGUUUAUGGACAAAGUUGAAGAAGUGAGUCUGGCACGAAUGGACAGCCAGGACCUGACUGAUCCUGAAGACUGGGAAAUGGUGUCCAGGCACUCAUCUUGGGGCGAUGUUGGUUUGGAUGGCAGCCUUGAGUUUUCGAUGUUAAGCUCAAACCAGGGACUGGACCAUGGCAGAAGUAGUCUUGUGGAAGCAAGAGGUCAGGAAGUGGGUAUGAAAACAAAAAGGGUUGUAAAGUUGUCUUCAGAGUCUCAGCAAGUCAGUAUCAGUUUCCAGAUCCAUUAUCUCACAAGCACUGGUGUGCAAUUCAUUGCAGUAACUGGCGACCAUGAGAAUCUAGGGAGAUGGAAUACUUUCGUCCCACUCCAGUGUAGCAAGGAUGGACUGUGGUCUCAUACUGUGUCCCUGCCAGCAGAUACAGUGGUGGAGUGGAAGUUUGUGGUGGUAGAGAAUGGGGAAGUUACCCGUUGGGAAGAGUGCAGCAACAGACUCUUAGAGACUGGCCAUGAGGAUAAAGUGGUUUGCAAGUCAUGGGGGGUUCUAUGAUUUGGUUUACAAAGUAUUAGAGAGACAUUGUAGCAUGUGCAAGAGGCUAAGGUUGUGGAGCACAUUGAAUAAAAUAAAAUAUAGUGUAACUUCAAAUGUAGCUAACAGAAUUGUUUCAAAUUUGCUAGUGGCUUUUGUCUAAUGUACACUACACACACACACACACACAGACACACACAAUUGUACAUAUACACAUGUAUAUAUGCAGUUACUGCCUCCCACGAUCCUGGACUUUUCCCCUGGUAGCAUCAAUGGAUGUAUAAAUGCAGAUCCAGCAUUACUUUAGGAAUUGGAUCUCUUAGGGAAGAACGUGGUUCAACUUCAGGUGUGGACUGAUCAGGGAGUACAGAAACUAAUAAGCUAUACAGCAUUCAGGCUUGAUCCUUUGGGCCAUCCUUAAACCAAGGGAUUAAAACAAAUCUUAUUAAGAAAUAACUGAUUUCCUGUUGGGACAACCGGAGAAACGCCUUUUUAACCAUGCACAUAUUUUUUAUUUCAAAAUAGUCAACACCAGAUGGAAUUGUGAUCAUAUCUGGGCACUCAGUGUAAUUAGCAAGGAUAUGAGGUGAUAUAUUAAGAAUUCCCAAAGCAGAAAAUAUUUGCACUCCAUGCAACUGAUAAGGCACUAAUAUCAAAGAUCAAAGAAUUCACACAACUCAACAAAAACAAAGUAAACAAAGCAGUGAAAAAAAUGGGCAGGAGAGCUAAAAGGACACUUCUCUAAAGAAGAAAUGCAAAUGGCCAACAGAUAGAUGAAAAAAUGCUCAACAUCACUUAUAAUCAGGGAAAUGCAAAUUAAAACCACAAUGACAUACCACCUCACACCAGUGAGACUGGCCCAUAUUGAAAAGAAACUGGCAACAACAAAUGCUGGUGAGGAUGUGGAGAAAAAGGAAUCCUCUUGCAUUGCUGGUGGGAAUGCAAACUAGUCCAGCCAGCUAUGGAAAGCUGUGUGGAGGAUGCUCAAAUUACUAAAAAUGGAUCUACCAUAUGACCCAGCAAUUCCACUCCUAGGAAUCUACCCAAAGGAGACAAAAACAUUAAUUUGAAAGGAAACCUGCACUCCUAUGUUUAUUGCUGCACUUUUUAGAAUAGGUAAGAUAUGGAAACAACCUAAGUGCCCAAAAAUAGAUGAAUGGAUCAAGAAGAUGUGAUGUAUACACAAAAUGGAAUACUACUUGAUGAUCCAAAAAGAUAAAAACCCAUGCCAUUCACAGCAACAUGGAUGGAGCUAGAAGGGAUUAUGCUCAGUAAGUCAGAAGGAAAAAGAAAAAUAUCAGAUGGUGUCACUUAUAGGAGGAAUAUAAGGAAACUGAACAAAAGGUCCAAAAAAGGACAAAACUUGAAAGCAAACUAUAGGUCUAAGGCAUACAGCAGGGGA